UAUCAGCGAGACGCAGCGUAAAUUAAUACGAUAAUAAUUGUAACCUUACAAGUCGUUCGGAUUGACAGUAGUAGUUUUACAUUUAUUACGUUCUCGUUCGCAUUUUCGGUGAAACGGAAAGUUUCGGUUGCUUGAUCGUCGAUUGAGCGAAACCGUAGCUGCCGCCGCCGCCGCCGCCGCUCGACGAAACAAUAAUAUUGUUAGUCGCCGCCACCGACGCCGCAGUGUAUUACCAGCCGCAAUUCGUCGGCCAUUACUUCACAAGCGACCCCGGAGUGACGGAGACUUGUAGCGUACAGCAGCACUGAUAGGUUGUGCUCAGUCAGUCACACGAUAUUCUUCAUCUGCGAGACGUUGACCACUGCCACAGUUUGUGGCCGAGCACCAAAUUUCAGGGAGUCUUGCACAGCGAACCAGUGCUGUGAAGGUCCACUGAUGGCGUCUAGUAAGAGUGAUGUUGCGCACGUCACUGGAGACGCGGUGGCUGUUCACCCGCAGCACGGAGAGAAAUCAACAUCGUCGUCAAUGUCCAUCAGCAUCACAGAGCCCGUGGAAAUUGUAGACAUAACAAUUGAUUCAGAUGUCGAGGAAAAUACUAAAAACACGCCAACAACUUCGGACAAAUUUCCUAAGUAUGUGGAUUGUCAUGAAACAUUGGUGGAACUGUCAUUUAUGAAAUGGAUAGCUAGUUUUCGGUUGGAAUGCCGUAAGAUUUCAUGCCAUGUUAAUACAGAACUUUUUUUUGGGUUAUUAAAUUUGUUUUGUCAGAAUAUAUCACAAGAAAUGUUUGAUUGCAGAAAUAAAAUUAAUAAAUCAUCUCUUAUGAAAACUUAUAUAAAACAAUCUAUGUUGUUUUUUCGAGGAUACUAUAAAACCAUAAAAAAAGAUAAAGGAGAUACUUUGGAUGUUAUAUAUUAUGACAGAAUGAGUUCAAUGUUGGCCAAUUACAUAGAUUUGAAACUAAUGUCAAAUCAACGUUUUAAAGAAAACCCAGGUCACAUAAAAACUUCAAAUAAAAUAAAUACAAUGUUAUUUCUUUUUUUAGAUCAGAAAAUUGAUUACAUGUUUGAUGCGGUAUUUAAAUCAUACUUUUUAUUUAAUAGUACUGCUAUUACUGAUGUAGAUUCAAUAAUGCUUCCAGUUUCUAAAAAAAUACUAUGUGAACAUCCAAUGCCCAAAAAAAUUAAUUUUCUAACUUACAUGAGAUAUAUUGUAUGUUUUAAAUUGUGGGAAAAAAUAAUUCACUCAUCUAGUAUGAUUGAUUCUGUUAAGAAAAAAGAAUUGGACGUUUUAACAUUAUUUCUAAGGCAGUUGAAUGUUCCAAAUGAUUUUGUGAGUCAAUAUGAGAAAUAUAAUUGGCCUAACUGGCCAAAGUGGUCUAAAUUGACAAUGUGUUCAAAUGAAAAGCAAUUUUCAAUACAGAGAGAUAUAAAAAAUGUUAGUUUUUUUUUAUAUGGUGCAAAUUUAUUACACAAGAAGUGUUACAAGGAUAUAUUGGAUACUGUUCAAAGAAAAGAUAUUCCAAUACUAUUAAAACCAAUUGUAGAACAAUGUAAAAUGUUACGACCAGAUUUAUUUGCGAUUUCGAGAAAAGAACUUUUGAGAAAUUGGAAUGAACAUUUUGAUGACUCUCUAAAACCACUUAUACCAACUACACGUUCCUCUAAUAGCUUGAUGAAAAAAAUCAAGUAUAAUUUAGUUCCUAUCAAUGUUGAUUUGAGCAAGUUAAAUCACUUUGGAGAAGGUUCAGAAAAUAAUUCUCUCCCAAAUGCAGACAAUUUCUCACAUUCUGAUAAAUCUAUAGAAAAAACUAAUCUUAUAAAUUCAUCAACUAAUAAAAUAAUUGAAAGCAAUAAUGAUAAAAGUAAUGAAAAUGAAAAAUCUUCUGGUGAUGCCUUAAAAACAUUAAUGGUCACUCUUGAAUCAUUCCCGGAUAAUGUAAAAAGACAAUCAAGUGAAGAUGAAAUGGAAGUGAAUCUGAAAAAAUUAAAAUCAUCUGAAAAACAUGUUUUAUAUAGGGAUGAUGGCAGAUUUGAUCCUACGCUAUCUAAUAAUCCAAGUAGAUUGAAUUACAUUUCUGAAAUAACAAGUACUUCUUAUCAUCCUGAAUGUUCAAAUUCUAAAGGAUCAAAAAGAAAUCAAUGUUCACCAUUUGGUGAUAAUAGCAAAAAUAAAAAAAAUUGCACAACAAAGUCCAUGCAUGAAAAAAGUGUAUUGAACUGCAACACAAAUCAAAUCAUUGAGAAUAUUAGUCGUAUCACUUUAAAUAAUGAUUACUCUGUACUUGAAAAUCCAAAGAACUCUUAUAACAUAAAUGGAGUUUCUUGUCUAACAAAUGAACAUUUACUCAAAGAAAACAAAUGGGUUACAAAAGCAUCACACCCUAAAUUAUCGAUAACAGCGGUCUCAAAUUUGAAACACACACAGAGUAAUUUAACUGUCAGUGGCAAAGACGAAAGCGUAGAAAACUCUACUGAAAUAAUUGAUUCAAGUAUCGAUCAGGAUGGUACUGCUUCUCCUUCUAGUGACAUUCAGUGGCCUAUAAAGUUGUCUCUAUCUGAUCCAUAUUCUCAGGAUUAUAAAAUAAAUUCAAAUGUAUUGUAUAAAUAUACCGAUGGAUUAAAUCAAAAAUUGUCACCAAAUGAAACUGGUUUCUCAAGAAUAAACAAGAGUACUUUAAUCCAGCCAAACCAACAGUUAUCUAAUUUUAUUGCACCAGAUCACCUUUCACCUACCAUUCAAUCUGGAUCUGAAUCCAUUGAUGAAAAAAUACAAAUUCAAUCCCGAGCAGUUGACAGUUUUGAAAGUACUUCUAGAACAGAACCAACUGAGCAUCAAGAAAUGUGUAGAAAUACUAAAAUACCAAGUCAAAGUAAAGAAUCAAGUACAUCACUAAGCUUUGCUGAAUUACUAGCAGCCUACAAAUUAUUCAUUGGUGGUAAGUUGUUUUUGUGCAUUCAUCCAAAAUGUACCAAUAGCUAUCAUUUCCAUAUUAUACCUUCCAAAGCAGAAAUUCUACGUCAUAAUUUCACUGUACAAUUUGAUUACUUUCGUUAUCAUAUUCAGUGUAAAUAUAAAGAGUUAUUAAUGUCGAACCCGAGAAAAUCAUGGUCUGAUAUACCUGUAUUAGGACAGUUGACUGAACGGUGCAUUUGUAAAGAUUGUAGUGAAUUUGAUUCUACUGUUAACCUAAAUCAAAAAACAUUACUUGCAUAUUAUAUUGAAGGAAAAAAUCCAAGUAUUGAAGAAGAUAAUUGUGAAAAUAAACAACCAACCAAUAGAAAAGUAUCGUUGAGUUGGAAAAAACAUUUGGCACGGCGUUUUAUUACAGAAAAUUAUCUUGAAAAUCAUUCUAUAUUUCAGAUGAUAGACCAUAUGGAAACACAUAUAAAACAUUUUAAAUAUGCUACACAAUUACUCCAAAAAAAAAUAUGUGAUAAUCGAUUACGUUUACAAAAUGCAUCUGACAGUUAUUCUGAUGCUGAUGAUAGUAAUAAAUUCAAAUGUAAAAAAAAACUUGAUUUAGUACAUAAAUAUUAUGUUAAACACUUACAUAGUUUAACAAAUAACUUCGCGCCUUAUUCACAGUCAUCAGAUUUCAGUAUACCAUUCUUGGUUGCAACGGUCACUACAUCUGUACUUGAGAAUUCUUUGUUAGAUGAUAGUUUAAAGCAGUUAAUGAUGUUCAUAACUUAAUGAUAUUCAUAAAUCACCAUACGUACAACAAGUACCGCAACUAUUAACUAUAAAACUGUUAAAUAUUCUAAUAUUUAAACAACUGACAUUAAGGCUAAUAAAAUGUCCAUAACUGACACUACAGUUAAUACUAUUUCUCCAGCUGAUACUACUGCUAAUAAUAUUUCACCUCUGGACUCUAAUAAAAAUAAUAUUUCUACAACUUCCUUUUUGAGUGGUACACCCUUCUAUGACUGAAACAGAAGAUCAAGAAACAGAAAUUGUCCCACAAUAGUCAAAGAAAAAAGAAAAAGAAACAUGAUUAUUCAAACAAGCUUGCUGAAUGCUCACGUUAAACGGUCUCCAUCCAGUUUUGUGGGCAUCAGUGACAACCUGAUGUCUGGUCGUAAUUUUGUCCUCUUGGGCAUCGCACGGCCUUUGAUAACCAACAUAACCAUUGGGCCGAGACGUCGCUGUUGUUGUUUUUCACUGGUCAGGCCGGACACAUGUUUUUGUCCGCUUACCUUUGAUGUGUGCCGCUUUGUGACCCGCCGCCUGAAACCACAUGGAUGUUGUACAUUGUUACUCUCAAAUUUUCAAUAGUCGAGUUUGAUGUUCCGAUUCUAAUUUACGUUUUGCGCAUUGGUACGUCGUACAUCUGGUUUUGUUGAAACCCAGGCCAGGUGGUUUGAUAACCCCCCGACUUUCACAUAGUUGUGUUGGAUUGGCGGUCGCUCGCCGCCGUGUGAGCCCCAACUAAAUACCUCCCCGUCAGAGGAGCUGUGCAGCAACCACCAUUCAAUGUCGUGAACCGUCAGUCUGUAGUACCGCCGCAAUCUAGGUCAAUUGUAUUUUUAAAUGUAAUUGUUGUAACUGGGCAUCGUACCACGGUGCUCGGCUGUUGAUAUAUGUUAGUUAUUUAUUUAAUUAUUAUUAAUUGGGAUUAAGUCAUUCAAUCUAUAUGUAUAUAUAUAUAAUUCAUUGCUUUAUGUUGUUGCAAUACAAUUUAUUUGGUGUUAUACACACCACCACUAUAAUUGUCAUUUUAAUUAUUCCAUCUAGUUAACCUUUCCUCCCCACGACACUUCGCAAGUCAGUGCUGCACAUUGAAGGAGCUGUAUUGGCGUAGAAAAUGAUAAAAAAAAUAAGUGUAGUUGAUGGUAUUUAUUAAUUAAGUUUUAUUUUUCAAUCU